AUUGAGAGCUCAGUCGCAUCGCGAAUACUUUGAUGAUAAUACUGUCGAAGGGAACACAAUAGGAAAACUAAUUUCACAAUGGAUCGCUGGUUGAAUCGUGUUGCCGUCGUUACUGGAGCCAGUUCUGGCAUCGGAUCUGCCUGCUGCAAGGAUUUAGUGGCCAAAGGUAUGGUCGUUGUUGGCCUGGCCCGCCGCGUGGAACGACUUCAGGAGCUUAAGGCAUCACUGCCAAAAGAUCAGCAGCCGCGUUUCCAUGCCCGAAAGUGCGACGUCAGCGUUGAGCAGCAGGUGGUGGAUACAUUCGCUUGGAUUGACAAAACUCUGGGAGGUGCUGACGUUUUGGUCAACAAUGCUGGCAUCCUUGGUAGUUAUAACAUCACAGAUGCAGGCAAUUCUGCCGAUCUUCGCGCUGUUCUGGACACCAACGUGCUUGGAGUUUCGUGGUGCACUCGCCAAGCUUUCCUUUCACUGCAGCGCCGCAAUGUCAACGAUGGCCAUGUGGUGAUCAUCAACAGCGUUGUGGGCCACAUCUUGCCAGUGGUCGACGGAUUCCUAGAUUGGAACAUGUAUGGACCCUCUAAGCAUGCUAUCACCGGCCUGACCGAGGUGCUGCGACAGGAGUUUCAACUAAAGAAGAAGACCGGGACCAAGAUAACAAGCAUUAGCCCCGGUGUGGUCGACACUGAGAUCCUUGAUAAAACCAUACGGGCAUCGCCAGACCUUCCAAUGUUACGUUCAGAGGACGUGGCCGAUGCGGUGACCUACUGCAUCCAGACCCCACCCAACGUGCAGAUCCAUGAGCUAAUAAUCAAGCCAGUGGGCGAAAAGUUUUAACAGCUCUCAAGGGCGGCAGUUGGCAGCUUUAGGACCUUAUGGGAGUGGAGUACAUACUACAAAUUCCCAAGUGUUAUUUCUGUCUGUAAAUAAACGAUAACAAAUUAUCACUUUUCAGGAAAAGCAAAUACGUAAAUAAAUGCUGAUUCGAAUGAAA